ACGACGCCGUCGGUACGGGAGCGGAAUGGGAGUGAGGCUCGUUUAUUGGUAAAGACGAAAAAUGAUAUAAUGGAACGAAAACUGCCCCGGUGCGAAGAAACGUCGAAGAGGCGCUGAGAGCCGGUAUAAAAAACGCGAGUGCGGUUAACCCGCGAGUCCCGUUUGCACCCUCCGAUGUCAAUUGUUCGUUGUUUUGUUUCUCCUUUCGUUCCUAGGCAAGUUGCAUAGUUCGUGCCGAUCCGACGAUGUAUGUUGACGAUUGUAUCGUUAUGGUGAUGUGAAACAAUCGCGCGUCUCGUGCUAUGUCACACGUUAUUGAAAGACAAAAACGCAGGCGUGAUAUUGACAGUGUGAAGAAGAUACGAAAGAAAAUAAACAAAACAACAGCGUCGAUAAUAACCGAACAUUGUAGUAAUUUUCAACAACUUCCUCAGAUUUUCUCACCGCGAACGUGUUCGACGGUGUGAUUUAUUAAUCUCUCUAUUCGCCACCGAGUAGGUAGGUAAUUAUCCAAAAAACUCGCUAAAGUGUCCCACUAAUGAUUAAUUCUCCGCACAUCUACCAUCGUGUUCGCGUCUAGAAAAAAAAAAAGAAGAAAAAAAAAAGCAAUGCAAUACGAACCCGGAUAUCGAACAAAAGUCUUUCAGUCAACUUGCCUUUCGAGGCGCGUAUUGCGCGUUUUCGUAGGUAUUUCGAAGUAUCAGGUGAUAAAGAAGAAAGACCAAUUGUAAGAAGAAGAAUCGUUAGCGUACAUACUCGGGAGUUGUAUUGAAACUGCGGAAACAAUACCGCUUGUACAUACGUAUAAUAUACUCUAAUUUAUACUCGAGUGGUUCUCGGUUCUUUUGUUUUUUUGUUUUUUGUUUUCUCUCUUACGUUUUUCUCUUCCAACUGUUUCGUUUCUUCUUGUCGUCGCACGGGCUUACCACACGUGCCUCUACUUGCGUAACCUGUAAUUAUUGAAUAUUAAGGUGGAUAUAUGCAAGGCUAAUGUUUGCAUCUUUAUGUAUACGCCCGAAGGCCCCAUCGGAGUAACAGGACUUUGAGUCCCUGCGCUACGUCGUCUCCGGGGCAAGAGAAAGAGAGACAGCGAGGAGGGAACGGGACCUACCGGAGUUAUAACAGAACGUCCUCGUCGUUGCCGUGUCGUUCUCUCUAACGGCAGGAGAAUCCUCUCCUCGUCGGCACUUGACUUUUUUCUGGCUGCUUAAACAGUAAACACACACCCUCCUCACCCGGGGUGGCUGCUGUAUCAACCAGGAAUUUUUUUCUUAUUUUACCUCGACUCCGACUAUCCACCUCCUCUCUGUGCUCGCUGUUUGGCAAAAACACCAGGAUAAAUAGGACCUUGGAUAUUUUGUCGCUGCUGCUCCACCCCCGUUGUUUACUCGCUAUUGCAAUACGUGACGUAAGAAUAACGAACGGAGAACAAUCAUCGUAUACAUAUGUAUGUAUGUCGUACGAAAUGUGGGAAUGAAACCGUGACAGAACUGCGGUUGUUACACGGAUGAGUUCGUACGAGAAGAAGACGGAUGAAAAAACUUUGCAUAUGUGUAACAUACCUUGUUGGGUUGGUAUUGCAAUUAACCGAGUUUCACACCGUUUCAACUAAUUCUUAACAUACACGCGUAUUUAUUGCAACACACGGAAGACUUUUGAGAUCUGAUAAGGCAAUAGAUAGGAAUAUCGAUACAUCGGUUACGGUAGAUUAUACCCGUGUAAUACCGAGGGAGGAUUAUUUACAUAAUUUUAUCGCGUUGUUAUUGGAUGGUGUUUAGACUGUGACUAAUUCAAAAGUGCUCCCCCCCCCGCCCCCGACUUUCCUCCUCUACUAUCUUAAAUUUUGCGGCAAAUUUCUUCUUUCCUCCCGAAUGAACGAACCGCGUGCGUCGAAUGUGCUGCGGGGAAGUGAAUAUACACAAGUUUACUUGCAAUUGUUUACCGUCAGGCCGUGGUGUAUGUGUUGUUGUUAACUUGUAUACCGGAAAAACAAUAAUUUAUUUUAAAGAAUAUUAUUGAUUUUUAAUUUAUUAAACCUCCUCGAAUCGUGAUGCGCUACUCAUCGUUCAGUGUUUAAUUAACUGCGGAGUGGGUUCGACGAUUUUAACCGAUGGAUAUCGAUGGAUAAAAAAUAGUGAGGAAUUGUUACGGCGGUCGUCAUACUGCAGAGAUGAAGACCACGCACAGAGCUCUAAGCGUCAAAUCUUCACGGAAUGACGCUGUACUCGAUCCGCGUAUGGUAGGAGGGUGCAAUCUGCGGGUAACGAGAGUAACAAAAGACUACGACAACCUUAUCUUAGUUGGGAACAAAAACUACCUCGAACGCUGCCUCCCACACUAUAGCAGAAAAGUGAAAGCUGCUUUGACGAAACGUCGAUGGACAGUGGUCCUCCUCUGGAAACGCUUACCGAGGGUUUCGUGAGCAGUUCGAAACGCGAAGUGGUCUGCAAGGUAUCCACCGCGGCGGAGGUCACUUCCCUGGACGAAGCUAAAUCGGUUAUCAAGGCUCUCUUGGCGAGACAGCGGGCGCAGGCGCACCAGAUGUUGGACUGGCGAAGGGCUCUUAAAUUACAGGAGGAUCUGGUAGCCAGGCUGACGGUCGAGAAAGCCGAACAACUGUUCGCGUUGUCCUCUCAGCUGCUGUUGUUCGAGUCGAAAUUAUCGAGGAAGCAGAAGGAGAUCGAAGCUAGUCUUGCCCAGAGGGAGGCCAUCAUUUUGAGACAGCAACAAGUCAUCACGGAACUGCAGAGCAGACUCGCAGACAAAAGUACCGGCACCAGGGAUUCCCCGCCUUGCGAUGCCCUCGACAGACUUGACAGCCUCGGUGACAGCGACAGCGCCGUUGUUCUCGAGGAAACUGCCGAUGAUCCUGCUCCCCCGAGGUUUCGAUCAAACAUCACGGACGUCACGGUGAUCAGGUCGGUCUCCGACGCGGUGGAACCAUCGAAUAAGUACGCCUCUUUACGUCGUUGUAACGGCUACCUACGCAGACCGGAAAUCCUUGAAACGGUCUACUCCGUGGAGGAGGACGGGGAUAGUGAGAAUAAUCAGGAUCCGUCCGAGUCGACGGAAAACUCCGAGUACGAGGAUCGGAGGUCAAAGAGCCUUGGAGGCGGCAAAGGACGUCUGCAGGACCUGUACGGCAGUUUCGAGAGGCUGGCUCAGGAGGCCGAUUCGCCACCCAGUGAAAGACCCCGAGAAGAGAGUCAACAGGCUCAGGUGACGUAUAACAGGGUAAUGAGCAAUCACAGAUCCGUGACGAAGCCGAAGGACGUUAAAUACAAAAGGAUAAACAAAGCGAAAUCCAAAAGUCUGGAGGAACUCCGGGGGCGUUUGAGAAAUUGGGUUGAAAAGGGGAAUAAAAUUGCUAUAUCGCUCGAUCAAUCAUACGCCUGAAAGUAUUAAAUUAAAUUAAUUUUUAAACGAGAGUAAAGAAUAUUUUAAUUCAUAAAAAUGUUGUACUACUAGAUUUAAGGCAACGUUGCGAUCAAUUUCAACGAUAAUGUGGCACAAAGGUAGACGGUAUCGCGUUGACCACGAUCUUACGAAUACAGAGCUUACGCGUAGUAUGCAUGUGUGGCCGUUAAGAUGCUGAACGAUGAAGUUAAAAAGAGGACGAGGCAACAUCGAGAUUUCGGGACCUCGUCGCGUCUCGGGUAAAUUUUCUGGCGUGGAUUUACAUACAAAGCCGCGAUGAAAGCCCGUUUUGCUAUGUUUUAUAACGCGUGUCAUGAUGUAUGUAUGUCUUUCAAUACAAAUUAUAUUUCACCUGGAGGAAAAUUUCACUCGGGGUCGUAGAUUUGUUAUUAUUAGAAGUUCAAGUAACGCACGUUAAUGGAAAGCAAAGUGAAAUGAGUAUUAUUAACCGUGUACGUAAAUCUUUGUUAAUAAAUUUACUCGAAAAAACCCGAAAAGGCCUGAAAAUCUUAUCGUCAUUCUUGUCCUUUUUCUGUUGACCCUUUUUUCUGGCUUCCGGACGGCAAAGUUACUACGUUUAUUCGCUUUGUAAAAGAUCCGGACCACCCUUUGUUAUAUUGUGGUAACAAAGGAUCCAAAAUAACCGCAAACCGCAAGAUUGCUGCUCGUAUCUACAUAUAUGGCCAAUUUUGCUAUUUAAAUAUCGUCUAUUUAGAUCAAUACACACCUGAGCACAUUUUUUUUCGCGUUCAAUCUUCGUCGCAGCUCCAUCGUAAUUAAUAUUAACAUACAGGUAUUAUUUAUUGGUAAUUUCAAAGGAUCGCGAGUAAUGAAUAAUCGUACAUUACUUUUGCACGUGGGCAGUUGACUUCAUUUGGAAAUCGAAGAGCAAAAAAUUAAUAUUCAUCAAAAAUAACAGAUUCACUCUGAGUUCGUGAGAAUAAAUAAUAUGUCUCCACAUCGAUUUGUCAUUUGUUUUGAUUGUUUUAAUUUGUUUGCGUAUUUCUGUAUAUCGUCUUAUGCCAUACGUUAAAUCAUUUGUAAAUAUUCGGAUUUGUUAAUUAUUGUAUCGAAUCGAAAGUCGAAAUUAUAUAUUCGCGUGUUUAUCAAUCUGUGUGUAGCUGUUUCAGCACUUUUUCUAUUAUACAAAUAUUAUCUAUUCACUUAACGGAUGAUCCAAAUAGCAUAGGCUAUUUGAUCUAUGAAUUUUACUAUUUACCUGGAGGUGUUUCAAUUUCUUCCUUAGAAUCGUAAUAAUACAGUUAUUACCUAUUAUGAUAAUUAUGUAAAGAUACUAUAAUAUACAAUCAUAGGAAUAAUCGCAGCAACAAAAACAACAAGAACAACCAAAAUAACAAUUAAAUAGUAAUACUAAUAAUAGUGAUAAUAGUAAUCCCUUUUGUCAAUUAUCGUAAUCGCAAUCGAUACACAAACUUGAGAAGUUGUACAAUUAUUAAUCAAGAAUGGGCCUAAUAUAUAACAGAAUGCGAGACCCAAAAUUCUAUAUCAGCUUUUAUUCGUGUAUUGAGGAGUUUGAUUAUAUCGAAAAUAGUAUUUUGCAGUACGGUGGUGUGAUAAUAUUACACGCUUGCAAUAUUGUUGCCUCGUCUCAUAAUAAGCUACCUCUUUGAAGCACCCAAAGAAUCGCUGCUGAGCGUCGAUAGUGCGUGCAUAAUGAUGAGUUGAUAAACUCGUGUUAUGUACCGAGGUACAAUGUGUGUGAACAGCGGUUGAUUCAGGCAUCUGAAAUUAAAAAUGUUGACGCGUUGUGAAAUUAAUUAUUUUUUUGUGAUUUCACCGUUUAACACAUUUGCUUCAAGAAAUACAUAAUAUUCAUUGCUAUAAAGGUGUGAUAAACGUAUUUGUUCGAAUUUUAUUUUUUUUUCGAAAAUAUUUUUAUCCUUUUUAAAGUAUACGUACGUAUAUGAGCUAUAAUCUCGACAUUCUAAAUUUUUUUUUCAACGGAAGGCAGGGCUCCACUCUUUGUAAAUAAAAAUUUACGACAUAAGUUAAAAAAAAAGUGAACAUAAUAUUUCUUAUAUAAGAUUAUUGAGAUAGACUUAAACAUGAUUAAAAAGAACUUAUAAUGCACCAAUAAAUUCUUAUGUUCCUCAAGGCUGAAACAGCAGCCAAUAUAAACGAUCUCUUGCAUAAUAUCUUUAAAAAAAAAUAUCGUAUAAACGG